GAUUUCUAGGUUUUGUUCGUGUUCCGUGUUGUAGUGUUGUGAGAUUUUAGGUUAUUUUGAAAAAAAUAACAUUCUAGAUUUUGAAAGAAAAUUAAUUAUUUAUAAAUUGAGUGUUCAACGUACGUACAUUCAUUUUAUUUCUUAAAUAUAAAUGUAAAACUAGAAAUUUAAUUUAAUUGCUUACUACUUUUACAAGUUAAAUGUUGAAUCUAGAACAAACCACUCAUUUUACGUGGGUUGCUAUUAUUGCUAUGAACAUGUGUAACAUUUUUACUGGUUUUCGUUAAAAUUUGUAUGUUUUAUAGUAUCGAAGUUACCUAAAAUUAUUCUGCUAGAAAGAAUAUUCAGUUCAGAUAACUAAUUUGAUCUGAAGUUGAGAUAUGGAGAGUAUAAUUAAAAAUCAAGUACUUCAAGUUGCUGAACAGGUUGAAAAACAUUUGGAUUCAGAGCUUCAAAGACUUGACGAAUUGGAUAGUGAUGGAAUCGAACAGUUGAGACAGCAGAGGCUCAAACAGUUGAAAGAACAUGCUAAACAGAAACAAAUAUGGCUUUCAAACGGUCAUGGUGAAUACGAAGAGCUUGCUGAGGAAAAGGAAUUUUUCAAUGCAACAAAGAAAUCACCAGAUAUGGUGGUUCAUUUCUACAAAGACGACACCCCUAGAUGUAAAAUUGUGGAUCAUCACUUGAAAAUCCUCGCCAAGAAGCAUCUUGAAGCCAAGUUCUUAAAACUGAAUGUUGAAAGAUGUCCUUUCCUCACAGAGAGGCUAAGGAUACGAGUGAUUCCAACGAUAGCGCUGGUGAAGGACAGCAAAACAAAGGACUUUGUUGUUGGUUUCACUGAGCUCGGCAACUGCGAUGAUUUCACAACUGAAAUGCUGGAGUGGCGCAUCGCCCAGAGCGGCGCCAUUGAGUACAAUGGAGACCUGCUCAACCCACCCGACGCCAAGAAAGUAGAAAAGAAAAACCUGCUGCAAAAGAAGACUAUAAGAGGCAGAAAUGACUCUGACUCUGAUGACUCAGAUUUGGACUUCUAAAUACUAACCAUCAUAUCCUUUGUUUAUAGCUGUUGAAACAAUAAUAUAUAAAUUUAUAUGAAGCUUCAAAGUUUAACACCAAUUAUCACAGACUCACAAUUAUUAGGUAGCUAUAUUAUCUAGAAAUUGUAAGUGGGCAAAUUCUAAGCAUUCUUGAUUACCAUUCCUUUGCAAUAGGAAAAUAACGUUGUAAUGUUGUGAUUUAUAUUAUUUUUUACUAAUUUUCUAUAAUAAAAUGCUACGCACUUCAAA